AUGUGCCUUUCGCCGGCGCUGCCGAGCGGUGAGGACCUCGUCCGCCAUCAGCUCGAGCUGCAGCUGAUCCUCCAGGAGGUGCACCAGCGCUACGCCGGCCGCUCAGGGAGGUACAACAAGCACGACACGGCGCGGCUCCGCUUCAUAAAAGACACUGCCUUCCCGGGCCUGCGCUUCGGCAAGAUGGUGCAGGAGCGAGACAUGGCGAUGCUGCGCUUGCCGCCGAUGAGCGAUCUAGCCGGCACUGCGCUGACCGAGAUGAAUGAGUGGUCGCGGCGGCACGCGCCCGACCCGCGCUCCGCAAACCAGGGAGAGGUGGCGCGGUUGGACGAGGAGCAGCAGUCGACGCUGCUCAGGUGGGCGGCCACACAGGCCAACGGCGGCUGCGUGGCCGACCACGCUGCUCGACGCGGCGCGCCGCCAGCCUAUCGACUCCACUUCGGCGCAUACAAAGGCCUCACGCUCGCGCAGCUGGUGUCAGCCUCUCGCACGAGCAAGGGAGGCGCGCGUGGCAAAUCGGCGCUGCUUCCGGACGCGCCCGCCUCGCUGCGCUGCUCGGAGCCGGGUGAUUACGUUCUCUGGCUGUGCUCCAACGAUUUCAACGCCCACUUCCCAUAUCACGCGCCGCUCUAUCUGUCCCUGCGGGAGCUUGAGGCCGACGGCUGCACCGUUUACAACUCCGAUCUCAACUCGGCUUUCGACUUGAAGCCGGUCGCGGUGUGCGCCGAAACGAGGCAGCGAUUUUCCGAUUACGUCAACUCCCUGACUACGCCUCUGGUCGGCGACAUCGACCCGUACGCCCCGCGCGACCCGGGCCAGGACGAGGCGGCAGCGGCGGUUCGCGGCGCAGCAGACGCCGACUCGGACGACGAGGCCGAAGGCGAAGUUGGCGGGUGCGACGCCGCGGCAGCGGGAGGCAGCGCCGACGGCGAUUUUGUGCGACGCGGGAAGGCGGACGUCGUCUGCAAUGGCGUCAGCCGCCAACAGCGCGAGUUCCUCGCGCGCGUGGUCGCAGAGCGCGCGAGUGGGAAGCGGCCAUCCUACGAGGACGCUGAGCGGCUCGACGUGCAGCCGCCGGACGCGCUCUGCAUCCCUUGCUUCGACGCGGACCUGUAUCACCUUCUGCCGAUCCAAUUCUGGUCGCCCGGCGUCAAGUGGUCUCUUCAAAUGCCGUGCCACAACCAUGGCUGGAGCCAUUCACGCUACGUCCAUACCUACCCGGCGUGGCAGCAGCGGCGUGUCUGCGGCAUCGUCACGGACUUCACCAUUGCGGGCAACAAGCUGGAGUGCUCCGAGUGCAAGGCGGAGUAUGUCCGCACGCAGAAGCUCCUAGACGCGGCCAAGAGCCACAACCCGCGCGCACCACGCGUCGCCGAGCUGGAGGCGCAGCUCGCCGCCUCGAGCUACCGCAGCAGCACGCUCGACGCGCGCGUCAACAAGUUCCUCUUCGAGCGCUACCCCGGGCUGGCCGUCGCGAUGCCGGCCGUCCUCUCGCACAGGAAGGCCGUGUCGACCGAGCUGAUGGCGAUGGUGGCGCGGGCGGCGCGCACGCCGCAGGGCUCGCACGACCUCGAGGCGGCGCUGCGCGAGUACCGCUCGAUCGAGAGCGCCAAGGCGCGACUGUCCUUCUACUGGCAACAAAGGCGUCAGCAGCGGGUGGUCGGUGGCGGCGAUGGCGACGUCAAGGAGUACGACGUGGGCGUGAGCCAGGUCAGCGACACCUACCUGGCCGAGGUGCUCGACGUGUACUACGACUCGCACGAGACCUACCUCCGGCAGUGGACAGAGCAGCACGUCGCCCUCGACAUCGUGCAGAGCGACCAUCACGGGAAGCGCUUCUCGAAGGUGUCGGUCAGCGGCGAGCGCGUGUUCAAUUGGCGCUACACCGCGAUGAACUCAAUCGGCCAGACCGCCGUCGCCGUCUCCGUUGAGACCUGCUCCUACAGCGACCCGUCCCUUGUUGAGGCGCACCGGCUGGAGCGCGAGGUCGCCCGGCGCGAGGGGCGCGAGCCGCCUCGCGCGGCGUGGUGCGACAAUCCUCACAAGGACGCGCCCGGGCUUCGCGCCGCUCUCUGGGCAGGCGACGGGCGGCCGACCUUCUCCUUCCCCGGCGAGAUUCGGCUCGUCGAGUCCGAGGCGGAAUGCGACGCGGCGUGCAGGUACCUUUCCCGCUUCGACAUCGUCGGCUUCGACACCGAGAACGUGGCCUUCCUCGAUGGCAGCGGCGCCAACUCGUCGAAGGCGGCCAUCGGCCAGGCCUGCGGCGACGACAAGUUCUGCUUCCUCUUCCUCUUCUACAGAUGGUCGAGCUGCUACCGGUCCUUCGCCACUUUUGCCUCCGGAGCGACCACGCACAAGGUUGCUAACCAGAUCAGCCACGACGUGUCGGCGCUCAAGGCCCGUUUCCCCGAGAUCUCGCGCAGGUCGGGCGCUCUCGAGCUAGGCGGCGCCGUAGAGCUGCGUGACGAGGUCCGCCACCUCUCGCUCGAGCGGCACGGCCUUGGCUUCAUGGUCGGCGCGCUCUUCGACGAGUAUCUGGACAAGUCGAUCGAUCACCGCUGGUGGGAGUCGCCCCAGCUCUCGGGACGGCAAGUCAAGUACGCGGCGGCGGACGCUUGGGCGCACUUGUCUGUCUGCGUUGCGGCGCGGCAGCGGCAGCCCGAGGACCUCUCGCCGGGGGAGCAGGAGCCGGGGAGCGACUCGGAGGAGGACGACGACUCUGAGCCGCGCGGCCCAGCAACUUAUCGGCACGAGCGCAGGCCGCCGGCCGACCCGAGUCUCCUCGACGUGAUCGAUGGCGACACCCCGGACGCGGGAGGAGACGCGUCUGCAGAUGGCGGCGGCGAGGCCUCGCUGACGCCGGAGCAGGAGGACGAGCAGGAGGAGUGUCAGGCCCACGCCGCGCCCUCGGACGCUACCUCGGCCGCCGCCGUGCUCCUCAAGAGCGCGGUUGCUCAGAUCGACGAUUAUGUUCGUUCCGAGCGCUCCACCCCGCUGGAGCUCAGCGGCAGCCUCUCCGCGGGGCAGCGCAAGGCACUGCAUGUCUACUGCGACCGCCACGGGCUACACCAUUGCUCCGUCGGCAUCGAGGGCAGCUCCCGCCGAUUGGUGGUAUGUCGCUGGAAGGCACUUGAUUGCGUAACGCCCGAGGUUAGGGUGGUGGGGCUCCCCGCCGACGCGUCGGAGGAGCUGGUGCAGCGGUUUAACAAGAUCAACGCCGACUUUGCGGACGAUAGCAUGCCGCCCAUCGGCAGCGCGACUCGAGCGCGGUGGCUGAAGCAGCGGCGGCAGCGGCGGGCGCUGUGA